GGUCAAGGGAAGAAUCUAAUCCGGGCAGUGCGGCAGGGCAGGACAGCCAUUUUAUUACCAUAACAACAUCCAUGGUCCAUCCGAAAUUACAGUAAAUAUUUUGAUUCCAGAGCAACCAUGGGCCAGUGUGGGAUUACUUCGUCAAAAACCGUCCUGGUAUUUCUAAAUCUAAUAUUUUGGGCUGCAGCUGGUAUCCUGUGUUACAUUGGGGCUUAUGUGUUCAUCACUUAUGAUGACUACGACCACUUCUUUGAGGAUGUGUACACUUUGAUACCAGCUGUCGUUAUAAUUGCAGUCGGGACGCUGCUGUUCAUCAUUGGGUUGAUUGGUUGCUGUGCCACAAUAAGGGAGAGCUCCUGCGGAUUAACCACUUUUGCUGUCAUUCUCCUGCUGGUGUUUGUCACAGAAGUGGUUGUUGUCGUUCUUGGCUACAUCUACAGGGCGAGGGUGGAAGACGAGGUGAACCAAUCUAUUGAGACUGUGUAUAAUGAGUACAAUGGCACAAACACAGAUGCCCCGAGCCGUGCCAUUGACUAUGUGCAGAGACAGCUCCACUGCUGUGGCAUCCACAACUACUCUGACUGGAGGAAAACUCGCUGGUUCAAGGAAUCCAGAAACAACAGUGUUCCAGUCAGCUGUUGUAAACCCAACGUCAGCAAUUGUACUGGAACUAUGAGCAGACCUGGGGACCUAUACCCUGAGGGUUGUGAGGCUCUCGUUGUGAAGAAACUGAAAGAAAUAAUGAUGUACGUCAUUUGGGCUGCCCUCACAUUUGCAGCAAUACAGAUGCUGGGGAUGCUAUGCGCUUGUGUGGUGCUGUGUAGGCGAGGUCACGAUCCUGCCUAUGAGUUACUGGUCACCGGAGCAACCUAUGCAUGAAGAGGACACAGGCCCCGCCCACAACAAGGGCUCCACAAAUAAGAAUAAAGAAAUGAACCCUCAUCUGACAGGUCCACAGUACAUAGUUUUCAGCUGUAGUAAGCUCAAGCACACCAUGCACAGGAUAACUAGUAGCCACACACUGGUGAUGGGGUGGGAAUCUGUGAACAUUAUUUAUUGAACAUGCUUUGUUACAUUAUUUUAAUUUUAUUUUUUUAACACUAUGAAAUGCCUAAGGCCAAAGUUGUAAAUGGCAAAUUGAUAUUGUGUUGUUGUUGUUUUCCUUUUGCUUAAAAGAUACAGCUUUGCCUGUUUUUGUUUUCCUUUUUGGGACACAUAAGGGAAGAUUUGGGGCUGUUAUGGAAGAGAAGAAAACUACCAUUCAGCGCAAUAUGUGGAAUGUAGUCUUUCCUUGUGUCAGUUUGCACUAUGACUAGAGCUCUGGAGGUGUUUUAGGAAUAGGCCUAUUUAAUCAUGGGAAUAUAGAAGUACCCUUAAUGUAAGUACCACUAAACUGAAUCAAACCGUUACAAUUCCUGUGUAGAAGUUCUAUUAAUGCUACCUUAGACCCAUGUGUAGAUGGUUGAAGCUGUGUUUCUGGUUGGUACAAAUGUGUAUAUAGAUACAUGCCUAGAGGGGAAUCUGAAUGGAAUUUUCUUGAUUGUUUUGUCUGUUCUUGCCAACCUUUUCAAAGCAUGCUGUAGGAGAAAAUCCAAGGGUAGGAACUUCAGGUCUUUUGCUCCAAUGUAUUUUGAGUAGGAGAUUGGGAGGGAGAACAGAAGGAGUCAAGAAAAUAAAAAUGGAUUCCUUCAAAACCCUGCUUAGGCAAUUAAUGUAAACUACCAAUUAAUUGGGUUUGGGCCUUGGAGGAAGUCUCACUGUUUUAUUUAGUAUUCUGUGGCAUUGUGUAUUAUUGUUAAAAACUAGAAGUCAAUGUGGAGUAGAUAUGUAGAAAUGUAGCGUAGCAGAAAACUGAACCAAAAUCAUGUAAAUAGAUUGGUGAAAGAUUUUGAUUGAAAUAAACCUCUACAUUUCAACUAA